GGUCGAGGCAGGGAUCAUAGCCAGCCGACUCUUGAGGCUCCACACGGAGACUAGUCCUGGACCGGAGAGGGUGAGAGAGCGCUUCAUGGGGCCAAAACCCGGAGCUGAACUUGGAUAUUCCAGCAGGCAUGGCGAGGUGGUCUGGUGGGAGAUGACUGUGCUGUCACUCCAACUGCAGUCUUCCUCCACUUUGGACAUCUUUUCCUGUGGCUUGGAACUACUGCAACUCAGACUUUUGGAGAGUUAGGUAUUUUGACAGAGGAUCAACACAUUUCCGACAUCGGGCCAGGAUGAAGACGGCAUUCUACUACCUGGGUUUACUCCUUCUGGGACUCCAUGUCCUGCUCGCCCGUGGGCAGCUGGGAUCCCAGAGACAGACGCCCGCCGAUCUCCCGGCCGCCACGCAAAGACCCGGGCUGGUGGAGCGGGACGUGCUGGGUCCGGUGAGACCCAACGUCACCAUGCCGCGCCGCAGAAUGCCGCCCAUGUGCAGCGCGCCCACGGAAAUCCGAGACACCUUCAAGUACAUCAACACGGUGGUCUCCUGCCUGGUCUUUGUGGUGGGCAUCAUCGGGAACUCCACACUUCUGAGGAUCAUCUAUAAGAACAAGUGCAUGCGGAACGGGCCGAACAUCCUCAUCGCCAGCCUGGCUCUGGGCGACCUGUUGCACAUCAUCAUCGGCAUUCCCAUUAAUGUCUACAAGCUCCUGGCGGAGGAUUGGCCUUUUGGUGUGGCUCUGUGCAAGGUGGUGCCGUUUGUCCAGAAAGCCUCGGUGGGGAUCACGGUGCUGAGUCUGUGCGCGCUCAGUAUCGACAGGUACCGGGCCGUGACCUCCUGGAGCCGGAUCAAAGGGAUCGGCGUUCCAAAGUGGAUGGCCAUCGAAAUCGCGCUCAUCUGGAUCCUGUCCAUCAUCCUGGCCGCGCCCGAGGCGGUGGCCUUCGACAUGAUCACCAUGGACUACAAGGGGGAGCAGCUGAGGAUCUGCUUGUUGCACCCCAUGCAGAAAACCGACUUCAUGAGGUUUUAUAAGUCGGUGAAGGACUGGUGGCUGUUCAGCGCAUAUUUCUGCCUGCCGUUGGUCUGCACCGCCAUUUUCUACACCCUGAUGACCUGUGAGAUGCUGAGGAAGAAGAACGGGGUUCAGAUUGCGCUCAGCGACCACCUCAAACAGAGACGAGAGGUGGCCAAGACCGUCUUCUGCCUGGUUCUGGUCUUCGCUCUGUGCUGGCUCCCUCUCCACCUCAGCCGGAUUCUGAAACUCACCAUCUACGACGAGAAGGAUCCCAACCGAUGCGAACUGCUCAGCUUCUUUUUGGUGUUGGACUACAUCGGCAUCAACAUGGCGUCCGUCAACUCCUGCAUCAACCCCAUUGCUCUCUACAUGGUCAGCAAGCGCUUCAAGAGCUGCUUCAGGUCCUGCCUGUGUUGCUGGUGCCUACCCGCCGAGAUGCUGAUGAUGGACGAGAAGCAGUCCUGCAUGAAGCUGAAGGUGACGGAACGGGCCUCCGACCAGAGCAACUCCCGUACGACCAACAGGUCUACCACGGCCUGAGAGGACUGAAAGCCGCCGACGAAAGCAAGGAGGAAACGGGAAGCCCAAAGAACGAAUCGAAAGAGUACUCAGUCCUGGGCUUCUGAAUCCUUCGAACCGAGAACAGUUGUCAGAGUCAGCAUCGUCCGAAGAAUGUGAGGAAUAAAAAUGCGGAAAUUUGAUGGAGGACUCUGGAGGUGAGUGGAGAGUCCGUGCUAAAAAACGAAGGAAUUGUACGUAUUAUACCCCGAAUGCAUGGGAUCCUCCGAACAUCCCUCUGAGGAAACGUCCAAUAAAGGCAUUGGAUUAAGCAAAGACCGGACUUACUUAAACGCUACACGGCUGGUGUGAUCAACACCAAGUGAUACCAGAAUGGUUGAAGACUUUGAAGCAACUGUUUGCGGAUCAUCUUGAACAGUGCUUCCCUUCUUAUUAUUUCUCAAACGAUCGCCUCUGUGUCAGUCCGAGCUUUCCGAGUUGGCAUCGUCCCGUUCGCCAUGGAGAUUGUCCUGUGUUUUGUGUCGUCCGACGGGUAUGUAUCUUUUUCAUGGUGUAUAUAAAGUAUAUAUCAAAUAAAUAAGCAGCGUAGCUGGUGUGCGUUCACGGCUGUUACCGCGCCCAGUGGUUUGGUGUUGCCCCGUUGUCGCGGCCGAUGUGUUUGGGUGCGAUUGAUUAAAGUGUGAAGGCAGGCGGCAUCAUGGGACGGGGUAGGCGAACACAGGACGUUAUUGUGAUCUCUCAAGUUCCCCCCCCCCUCACUUCUCAGUCAGACACAAACAACACACACAGGGACGCUUUGACCUGGGAAUGUUUUGCCGCGGGCUAACGCAGUGUCACGCAUGUCACAUUAGCAGCCGGAGAAGCAAACAAGCGCUCUGUCCUGUGAUCACCCCUGGUCCUUAUCCACAAAACCUUGUUCUCACUCCCGCUUAUUCCGGACUGCCUGUUUUCCUUAUUGCAUCAAUAACCUUUUCCAGGCCCUCUCCCUACUUUUACCAUCUCCAGCUCUUAACAUUCCUCCCUCUAAUCCUCUCUAGAGACCGUUUGUCCGACGACUAUGUUUUGUUUGGGAGAAGGUAGAAGAAAUCUAAUUUGCAACAUUCUGAACUAAAGGACACCUUUUAACCCUUGUGUAACGUUCAUAUUGUUGUUACUCAGACACCGUUCGUGGGUCUGAUGGACCCGUUGCAUUUUGUGGCUUUUAAUGCCUCACAAUCAAACACUUUUAUGUUAAAAUACUGAACAGAUGUUUACCUUGUCCCGAUAAACAUCUGUACCUUAUCCCGAUAAACAU